AUGGAAUCGAUUUUAUCAUUCUUCAAUUUAGACAAAUUAAUCAAGAAAAAAGAUCAACCCGUCCAGAAACCUCCAAAACCAGAUGAAGAGAGUGUACAACCUGAGGCGGUUGUGAUAAAAAUCCCAAUAAAAAAGCAUGAAAUAAAGAACAAUUAUACUGGUAUAAAAAACGCUGCAAGGGGAUAUAUGGACAGAAAAAAACUUUUAGCUUUGAAAAUAGUUAAAGGCUUAAACCAACGAUUUGAAGGCGAUCUUUCUAAAAGAGUAUCAGAAAAAGCUAGAAAUGUUGAAAGUAAAUUGGAAACUUUUGUGAGUGGCUUCCCUCUUCCCGAUUAUGUAACAGUUUAUAGCCAUCCUGCAUAUAUUUUUAACAAUAAUACUAUAUAUAGCGGCCAGUGGAAUGAUAAAGGAGAAAAGCAUGGAAAAGGUAUCGAAGUUUGCGCAGAUGGCUCAAAAUAUGAGGGUCAUUUUAAAUAUAAUAAAAGAUUUUGAAAUGGACGUCUCAUUACUGCAGAAGGAGAUGUAUAUCAAGGGGAGUGAGCAAAAGGAAGAAUUUAUCGAGGGUUUCUGCAACGAAUUGAUGGGACAAAAGUCACGUGCACCUUCAAAAAUGGUCUUUUGCAUGGGGAAGGUAUAGAAGAAUCGGAUGGAUGAUAUUAUAAAGGAAACUACAAAUAUGGGUUAAGGCAUGGAAAAGGUAUGAUGUGCUUAAAAAAUUGAGACUUUUAUGAAGGCGAUUUCAAGAAUAACAAUAAAGAAGGAAAAGGCAUUUUUAUUUGGUAUGACGGCAAAAAAUAUAAAGGAGAUUGAAAAGACGACAAAAUGCAUGGGAGUGGGAUUUUUACAUGGCCAGAUGGGAGAAAAUAUCAAGGGACCUUCCAAAAUGGCUUAAUGCAUGGAUUUGGAGUCCUCAAUUGGCCAGAUGGAAAAGUGUAUAUAGGAGAAUGAAAAUUCGGGGAGCAAGACGGCAGAGGCAAAUUAUUUAACUGCAACGAUAAAAGUAUUCUGCCUUGAUUUGGGACCUGAAAAUCUGGCCAAAGAAUAGAGCAGAUAACAUUCCAAAUAGGAAAAAAAUAG